ACAAGCUUGAUGUCUCCUGCUCUUUUCCUCUUUUGCAUUGCAUUAUUUUAAGUGAUGAGUCCAAUUAUCUGACCUGUAAAGAAUUUAAACACACCGUAGAAAUACAUAGUUGUAAGAUGCCAUAUAAUCAAAGCCAUUAAUUUGGAUAAUUUCCCUUUUUAUAGCAUACUGAAAUGAACAUUGUAGGAAAGCUCAGUUUAAUGAUACCAUGGAGUAUAUUCUUGCUUCAUUCACUGCUGUCCACUUUUCAAGGAUCUUAUUGCAAACUUCCUCUUUUGAGAAGAACUUUGAGAAAUGACUCUAAUGCAACUCGACAGAAAAGAGAUCUUGUAACAGUCGAGGUUCAAGCUGCCUCUCGGUUGCACCAUCAUGGGCCCCUGACGCGGAGUCCACCAGGAGGUUCAUGUCCUCAGGAGUGCCUUAAUGGAGCAGUCUGCACAGAGGCAGGUGACUGUGACUGUCAGUUAUUUCAGGCUCAAGGAAGCAGGUGCCAAAUUGUACCUAACACUGGUAAGGACCGAGAUGGAAUUUGCAAAUCGUGGGGACAAUACAAUUUUGAAACAUUUGAUGGCAUCUACUACUACUUCCCAGGAAAUUGCUCCUAUAUAUUUGCAAAAGACUGCAGUACUCUGGAACCCCAGUACACUGUUUGGGUUCAUAACAGUCCUCACUGUUAUGGUUCAGUAUAUACUUGUCAUAGGUCCAUCAGCUUAUUUUUUUCAAACCAAGAAGAAAUAAUUAUUUCAGGACAUGAAGUAAGAAAAAAUAGAAUCAGAUUAAUAUUGCCUCAGACAGUUGGAAAUGCUUUCAUUGAGAGACUGGCUGAUUAUAUUCUGGUGAAGACUACCUUUGGUUUUUCUCUUGCUUGGGAUGGAAACUCUGGUAUUUAUAUUAAGCUGACAGAAGAUCAUAAGGGAAAACCUUGUGGGCUUUGUGGAAAUUUUAAUGGGAAUAAAUACGAUGACCUGAUACUUCAAAAUAUAGGUGAAUAUACAGAAGACAUUGCUGAAUUUGCAAAUAGCUGGGCUGUGCAAGCCUCUGGUGAUAUAGCUUGUAUCCCUACUGCCUCAGAUUUUUCCAGUCCUUGCUCAGCCAACGCAGAAUCCACUGAGGACGUAUUCUUCAAGUGCCAAAUAUUCCUACAGUUUCCUUUUCUCAGCUGUCAUGAAAGUAUAGAUCCGUAUUCUUAUAUUUCAAGCUGUAUGAAUGAUCUUUGUAGAGUGGAUGAUGAUGAAACAUACUGCAGGGCAGUGACAGAGUACGCUAGAGCAUGCUCUCACGCUGGGUCCCCGGUGCGGGACUGGAGGGAUGACUUUCCUGCCUGUACUGAGAAGUGUGAAGAAACCUUCGUUCACCGUGACUGUAUCAGUUGUUGUCCACCAACUUGCACAUUUGAAAAAGAUUGUCUUGGCAGCAAUCUUCACUGUUUAGAUGGUUGUUACUGUCCAGAUGGUCUCAUUAUGGAAAAUGGAACUUGUAUCUCUUUGUCAAAUUGUCCUUGUAUUUAUCACGGAACUGCUUUCCCUGUAGGCUCAAAAAUUGAACAAGAAUGUAGCAACUGUAUUUGUGUUGGUGGCAUUUGGAACUGCACUGAUCAUGAUUGUCCAGCUGAGUGCUCCAUCACAGGCAGCUCUCAUUUCACAACAUUUGAUGGACGUCAUUUUACCUUUCUUGGGAUUUGCCAGUACAUUUUGGUAAAAGGCACUGGAAAAAGCAAAUUCACGAUCACUUUACAAAAAGCGCCCUGUGGACAGAACUUUGACCAUGCCUGCAUUGAGUCUAUAACACUAGUUCUUGAAGAUGAUGAGAAGAAACAAGUAACUCUCACAAGAUAUGGUCAAAUCCAAACUGUCCCUAACCAAGUGUUUAACCUCAAUGGGGCUAUUGAAAUUCAGAAUAUAUCUUCUUUCUUUGUUCAACUGAAAACUAGUUUUGGUUUGAAGAUACUGUUUGCUAAAGAUGGAGAGAGGAUUUAUGUUCAAGUUGAUGUCAGAUGGAAGAGAAGAACAUUAGGACUAUGUGGAACUUACAAUGGAAAUUUAAGAGAUGAUUUUCUAUCUCCAGCAGGGAUGAUAGAAGGGACCCCACAACUUCAUGCCAAUGCAUGGAAGGUUUCCUCAGCUUGCUCCAUGCCUGUCAAUAUUCCUGUGGUUGAUCCCUGCAACAUGAAUCAGCAAAAUGCUGAGUAUGCAUCUCACUGUGAUAUCAUCAACCAAGAUGUUUUUACUCCCUGCCAUGCCUACGUCAGUCCAGGGUUGUACUACCAGCUCUGCCGCUUUGACGCGUGCAAAUGUGGAAGCAGCUGCUUGUGCAACGCUUUGGCACACUAUGCUUAUGUCUGCAGCAAGCACGGCAUCACCAUUGACUUCAGAUCUCAUGUUUCUUACUGUGCUGUGAUGUGUCACAGUGGUAUGCUUUAUCAUCAGUGCUCUUCUUUUUGUAAACAUUCCUGUGCUUCACUUUCUAUGGCAAAUAUCUGUGCUGAUGACUGUGCAGAAGGAUGUAAUUGUCCUGAUGGGAAGUAUUUUGAAGAGUCAGUCAACUAUUGUGUAUCGAUAUCUGGCUGUCAUUGUCGUUACAAAGGCAAAGCCCUUCAGCCUGGAGAAAUCCUUCCUACACCAACAGGCUCCUGUCAAUGUUUGAAUGGAACAGUGAAAUGUAUUGAAGCUACUACAGAGAACAUCGUUCACAUAUGCCCUGAAGGAAAAAUCUACUAUGACUGCAGAUCUCCAGUGCCUGGGUUACCAGCAGCAGGUGUGAAUUGUGGGAUUUCUUGUGCGAACCUUGCCAUGAACUUCUCCUGUGUCCCCUCACCACCCUGUGCAAGUGGCUGCAUUUGCCCCCCUGGGAUGGCUGAGCACAGAGGGAAAUGUUAUAUUCCUGACAGUUGUCCCUGCACCUGGAAAGACCGAGAAUUUCUGUCAGGAGAAGUGAUAACUACUCCAUGUUACACCUGUGUUUGUCGGAGAGGAGUCUUCAACUGCACCAGUUACCCCUGCCCUGCUGUGUGCACCAUUUAUGGAGACAGGCAUUAUUACACCUUUGAUGGACUGGAGUAUGAUUAUGUCAGUGACUGCCAAACUUACCUGCUAAAGAGCACAGAUAACUCAAAUGUAUCUAUAAUUGCUCAGAACAAAAAGUGCUUUGACAAUGAUAUUGUUUGUUCAAAGAAUGUUUUCAUCACUGUUGGAGACACUGAUAUUUAUUUAACUGAACCUUCUGAGAAACAGAAGACCCUAGGGGCACAGGAAAACAAAUCAAACUAUCAGCUCUGGAAGGCUGGAUAUUAUACUGUGAUACACUUUCCAGAACAGGACAUUACAAUUCUCUGGGAUAAGAAGACAAUGAUGCAUGUUAAAGUUGGACCUCAAUGGAAGGGAAAACUGGCAGGCUUGUGUGGAAAUUUUGACAAAUAUACUUCAAAUGAUCUAACGACAUCAAACAACAUGGAGGUGAGAAAUGCACAGGUGUUUGGAGACAGCUGGGUAUUAGGACAGUGCAAGAGCCCAAAUGAAACACUGAGACCAUGUGAAGUACAUCAGAGCAAGUUCCCUUAUGCCAAAAAGGAAUGCUCAAUUUUAUACAGUGAUCUUUUUGCACCUUGUCGCAAUGUGAUUGAUGUGACUUCUUUUAUCAAAAAUUGUCACACAGAUACAUGCAACUGCAAUCUUGGUGGGGACUGUGACUGUUUGUGUACCAGUAUUGCAGCUUAUGCCCACAAGUGCUGCCAGCAAGGAGCAGCAAUUCACUGGCGAUCUCCUUCGCUCUGUGCUUAUGACUGUGAACACUACAACCGAGGUCUUGGUGAAGGACCCUAUAUUUUGGCAAGUUUUGGAGUGAAUGACACAAUUAUAGGGGCUAAUGUAUCCAGCAGAAGGAUAUUUCCCCUGCCUAGAACUGGAGCACAUGGAAAUGUAAUUUUCAGUUUCAUGAUAACUCCAGGACUUUUCAAAGAUAAAGAUUUAUCUCUGUCGCUUGUUUCACUUGAAUCUGCUGAAAGACCAAACUACUUUCUGUAUGUACAUGACAAUGAAACCGUUGGGCUGGAGCAGUGGCAGGCAAGUGCCUCCUUUCAGAGACGAGCCACCUUCUUCCACCACCAGGGUCUCUGGAAUCCAGGGCUCAGUGCCUUUGAGCUGCACAGUAAAAAAGGCUUUUUCAUCAUUCUCACCUCAUCCAGUGUUAAAGUGGAGAAGUAUGAUGAUUCAGAAGAAUUUAAACGUUUCAGUAGCUUUAGUAUUGAAGAACUCAGUGCUUCUGUGCCUUACAGAAGGAUGUGUGAAUGGCGAUAUGAAUCUUGUGCUAAUCCUUGUUUUAAGACAUGUAGUGAUCCUGAAGGAAUAGCAUGUAAAUUUCUUCCUCUGGUUGAAGGAUGUAUGCCAUACUGUCCCAAAAACAUGAUCCUUGAUGAGGUCACACAGAGAUGUGUUUAUCCAGAAGACUGCAUACCUGUGACACCUACAGAAUCAGAAAUUGGACUGAAACCUUCUCUGUUAAUCUCUCACAUGGGUCCUACCAUGGAGAGAUUUCCUCAGACACCUCCUGUAUUUGUUACUUCAGGGAAUAAAUCAACUUUCAUCGGUGUGACAGACAAAAUUACCAUGAAUGCAAACACAGCUUCAAGGGGAAUGAAUAUGUCGGCACAGUCUGUUACAGACUUUUAUUCAUUGGAAGCAUCUAAUGAAGCCACCUAUUCAACAUUCUCAUUACCAAGUAUAGUGGAGCCUUCUGAUGUACUUCACAGCACAACCAGCCCUACUGUCCUUUCCAAACCCAUCCCUUCAACAGAUUUUCCAAUUCUUCUUCAAGCCUCAUCAGUCACAUCAUCUACUACCCACUCUAAUGCAUCUAUAACUUUACCCAUUACAAUAACAACUCCAACAACCCUGCUCAAUGCAAGUCCCAUUCCGACACAUUCUGCAUUAUUAACACCCACUUCCCUAGUGGUAGUUCCAUUUUCACUCAAAACAUCUCAACUAGGAACAGUUCGACCUUCCUCAGCACUAACAACUUUAGCUUCCAAGAUAUCUUUUGCCUCUUCUGAGAUGCCUGCAGGAAUUGGGAAGAGUAGGAGUCCUUCAAUCACUCAUCUCUCUAAUGUUUCUCUAGGAAAACAGAGUUCUUCAGUAAGCUCUUCAGAAGAAGAUGGAACAAUAUCAGCCAUACCAGCUGGAAUCAUCACUCAAUCCACUACACCAAUGACCAUGAACACAACAGUGAAUGCUACAUCCUCAAAAGCACCUUAUGUUUUUGCAAAAAUGCUACCUAGUUCUUCAGCCAGUUUAUUAGUUACUUCAGGCACUACCCUAGGCUCUAGGAUUACUACAAAAACUACUGAUUCUUUUGUUGUCAAUUUGGAUUUUUAUGUGGCUUCAGCUUCAGUUCCUACCACCAUAGAAACACACAAAUCUUUAUUUACAACUGCAGUAACUGAAGCUUCACAGAGCACUAGAGAAACUCCAAAGAUUAAUAUAAUGAAAACAACUGGUACUUCAAGUCCAUUAUCACAGAUUAAGAGUACCUCAUACAUAGCAUCAGAAGUUAAACACACAACUUCAUUUGAAAAAAACGUGGAUAUUUCAGAAGAUUAUCAGACUUCACAUGAGCAAAAAAAUGCUACCAAGACAGAGACAACCACAACUGACAAAUCUUCCCCACCUUAUUUGCCAGUAACUGCAGUUCAGAGCCUACUUUUUUUAAGAAAUACAACCUCAGUCAAAAAUAUCUCUCUUUCUGGAGUCCUGGAUGUAACAACAUCAGAUAGGUCUAAAAUCCCAACACAUAAAUCCAUUACACCUUAUUUCAGUGUAACAGAGGCCACAGAGCUGCAAACCAGAGCUAUAAUAGAUUUAUCUCAUUCUAGUGGUGAAAUGGCUCUGUCUCCCUCUUCAGGAACGAUGGCUGUAGCUGACAAGGCUUAUUUUGGCACGAUGAUGCAUGCAUUGAUAUCUACAUCUUCUGAGUGUGUGCCAAGAUACCUCGAACCUGUUGACAAAUGCAGCCAGUAUGUGUGUGUUAAUAUGGGUUGGAUGUUAUACAACCUUUCAAGGAACUGCCCUAAGGAUGUGCACAAGCCACAUUGUGGUUUUCGAGGAAUGCCUGUUCAAGUUAACACUGAUAGCUGUUGUCCAGAAUGGGAAUGUCCUUGUCAGUGUUCUGUACUAUCUGAACUGAGUGUUAUAACAUUUGAUGGAAACAACAUAGCCCUCUGUAAUAUGGCUUCCUAUGUUUUAGUCAAGUUACCAGGAGAAACUAUUGUUGCUCACAUUGAAAAAUGUCCUGCUAAUCAGAGUGCAAAUUCAAUAAGAAAACUAGUGCCACCUGCAAACACUUCAGGGCUCUGUUUUAAGAAAUUAAAUGUCACAACACACACUUGUCAAAUGCUUAUCAAUCGUUUAGCAAGAAAAGUAGUUGUGGAUUCUGUAAUUCAACCGUUACCAUUUUCAAAAGAUGGACUAAGUAUUCAGGACACUGGUGCAAUGUAUGUCGUUAAUACCCCAGCAGGUAUUAGCAUCAAGUGGGCUCAUUUUACAGGCAUCAUAGACAUACAGUAUGGAUUACACUCCAACACAACAAGGAAGACAGAAGGACUUUGUGGGGUGUGUAAUGGAGAUCCUAGUGAUGACCUAAAAAUGGAAAACAUGACCAUAAUUACAAAUAUGGAGGAAAUUGAAAUGUUCAUUAAGAGUUGGGAAAUUGAGAAAUCGCUUGAUGUAACAACCAGGAGGCCAGUAAGAAACUGCACUGAAGAUAACUGCACAUACUGUAUGGAACUGUUAAACAGAAGCAUUUUCAUCCCUUGUCACAAGAAAGUGUCACCACAGGAAUUUUGUGAGAAGAUGUGGAUCAACAGUACUAAUUUUUGGAAUUAUGAGUGUGAUGCACUUUCUGCAUAUGUGGCUUUAUGCAACAAGCACAACAUCUGCAUUAAAUGGAGGACACCUGAUUACUGUUCAUUGAGCUGUCCAGAGGGCAAGGAAUACCAGCCUUGUGUGCAACCCUGUGAAGCCAAGACAUGCUUGAAUAAAUGGUUCUAUGAAGAUUCUCCCUGUUCCCAUUUAAGGGAAGACUGUGUGUGUAAAAAUGGCACCAUACUGCAUAGAACAGACUCUGACCUCUGUAUACCUGAAGAAAAAUGUACAUGUACAGACAGUAAAGGACAACCCCGCUCUGCUGGGGAGAUAUGGAAUGGGUCCAUGAGAGGGUGCUGCAUGUACAACUGUUUAGAAAAUGGAAGCAUUAUUGCUGUAGAACCUGAAUGCAGCGAGGAUCCACCACCAGUCUGUGAAAGAGAAGGGGAAGUUCUACUCCAUGUCAUUGAGGAGAGAGCUUGCUGUCCUAAGAAAGUUUGUGAAUGUAACAUGUCAUUGUGUGAUGCCAUUACUCCAACAUGCAAACCCAAUGAAAAAUUAGUGGUAGGCUACCACCCCCUGUCCUGCUGUCCACAGUACCGAUGUGAAUGUGAUCCUUCAGUUUGUUUUAAUGCCUCCCAGCCCAGCUGCAGAGAAGAUCAAUUUGUUGUUGAAGCAAAACAGGAAGAUCCCUGUUGUUUCUCUCAUCUCUGUGUUUGUGAAUCCUGUAUUGAACCCGUUCCCUUGUGUAGCGAAGGGGAAAUUCUCACUGUAGACCUUAAUACCAUACACCACUGCUGUCCUCAUUACUACUGCGUUUGUGAUGAAAAUCUUUGUUCUGAGCCUCCUAUGAUUUGCACAGAUGACAUGACACCUGUGAAGGAAAAAAUACUUGGGCAGUGUUGUCCGGAAUGGCACUGUGAAUGUAGUUGUGAAAAUGCUACUAUGCUGACCUGUAAAUUGGGAGAAGUUAAAAAAAUAGAUAGCAGUGUUUCCAGUGCUUGUGGAUGCACUCACUAUAUUUGUGAGAAGGAUGAUGUGUGCAUCUUCCAAGAGGUCACAGUACUGAAUCCUGGACAGUCAGUGAUUCAGUACUUGGAUGGAGACCUUUGUUACACUGUACAGUGUUUAGAAGAAAAAGAUCAGAACACAGGCUACAAUGCCAUGCAUUUCACAAUGAUGAACUGUUCCCAGCAAUGUGAAGCUCAUCAAGUAUAUGUUCCUUCCUUCAGUCACCACACCUGUUGUGGUACAUGUCAAAAUGUGUCCUGCUCUUUUCAUUCAGAGAAUGGAACCCAGAUUGUGUAUGAGGAAGGAAGCACCUGGUCCUCCAACUGUACCAACUACAAGUGUGUAAAAACUGCUGCAGGGGCUAUUGUACUGGGCUCAAGUGUUGUCUGCCCCCCAUUUAAUGACACUGAUUGUACAAAGAAUGGAGGAAUUGUGCAGACGUAUAAUGAUGGCUGCUGCAAGACCUGCAAAAAGGAAGAAAGGAUUUGCCAGAAAAUGACAAUCAGGACAACCAUAAGAAAAAAUGAUUGUAUAAGUCAAAGCCCGGUAAAUGUGGCUUCUUGUGAUGGAAAAUGCCCGUCUGCAACAAUUUUCAAUGUCAAUAUUGAUAGCCAUCUAAGAUUCUGUAAAUGUUGUCGAGAAAUUGGAACACGAGUCCUGACCGUGCCCUUGCGCUGCUCAGGAAAUGGCACUGAAAUUAUGUAUGUCAUUCAAGAGCCUAUAGACUGCUCAUGCCAGUGGAACUGAACAUUACUGUGGACAUGACUUAGCUUUCACCAGACACAGUUUUUUGGUCAUGGAUGGGUACCGUAUUCUGCAGGGAAAUAAAAAAGGCAUCAGUUAUGCAUUAUAAUGUAACUUUUCCCGAAUUUAGCAAAGAUGUUGUUUGUUGUUCUUCGAAUUGUCUUUGAAAAUUUUGGCAAGAAUAGAAAGAAAACCAUAAACCCUUUGGAACAAGAUGUUGUUUAUCCAUCAUUUAUUUCUACUCUGUGGCUUUCUGAUGAGGUGGUGAAAAAAGCUAGUUAAUAUGAUUAAUAUUUCCAGUGUUUUAAAAUUUUGUAUCAUGGUUACCUAUCAAACUCAAGAAUUUCUCAAACCAUUUCUCAGCGGUUCAUUUACUUAGAGGCAUCUUGUUAAAAACCAUCACCAGUUCCAUGUUUAAAUGAGA